AUGUCCUUCCACCAGUGUGGUGGCAAUGUGGGCGACACUGUGAACUUCCCACUGCCGGCGUGGUGCCUGGAGAAGGCCAAGAGCAGUGGGCUUUUGUACAAGAGCAAAGAUGGCGUGGUGGCCGAGGACUGCCUGUCCCUCUCUGCUGAUAACGAAAAGAUCUUUCCCUCCAAGUCUGGCACUAGAACAGCUUUGCAAUGCUACCAGGACUACAUGACGGCCUUCCUGAAGUUCAUGGGUAGUCAUGUGGGAAACACCAUCUGCGAGUUGCAGGUGGGCAUGGGGCCCUGCGGCGAGCUGCGGUACCCUUCGUACAUGAUGUCCAACGGCUGGAACUGGCCUGGUGUAGGCCUUAUUAUGGCGUAUGACAGCGGCAUGUUGAAGAUGCUCAAGGCAGACACUGGCGAGGCAGGGCCUCCGGAGGGCUUUCCUGAGGAUCAGAAUGCCAUGCCCGACGACGUGCCGAUGUUCCGAGCGAAUGCGCCCGACCCCGCCAGCACCGGCUUCCGCAGCGGCAAGGGCAAGGACUUCCUAGAGUGGUACUCCUCCGUGCUGAUCAAGCAUGGUCAGCAAGUCCUCGCGGCCGCCACCGCAGCAGUGCGGAAGACCGGUGCCGCUGGGGCACCGGGAUGUCAGGUCUACCCCCCAGAGAAGUUCUGCUUCUCGGUGAAGGUCUCCGGGCUUCAUUGGCACGUCACACAUCCCUCGCGUGCGACGGAGGCGUGCGCCGGCUACAACUGCUGCACCAGCGAGACGGCGGAUGCCUAUAUGGAGAUUGCGAAGAUGCUGGGGGCAGAGUCCAAAACGGCUCAAAGGCCGAUCCUUUUCAACUUUACCUGCAUGGAGAUGACCAACGACUCCAAUAGCGGCGUCCCAAAAGCGCUCUCGGCACCCGAGGACCUCAUUGCCCAAGUGCGGAAGGCGGCCAUUUUCCAUCAGGUGCCACUGGCAGGUGAAAAUGCCUUAGAGUUCGACCUGGCGACCAGCCAGUGGGCCUUCACGCAGAUCGGGAAGCAGAUCCGGAGCUUCUCGCCGGGUACGGGCCCCCGGACGGGUCCGAGAUGUUGCCAGAGAAGUUUGGAUGAAACCACAAAACGCUUCCGAAACACCCUACCAAUCCCUACCAUACUUUCGUUCGCUAGCUGA